GGACUAAGGAGACAUGGCCACGAUAUACCCCAGCAUGACAACAGCCGAUGACUACUCGGAAUACUACAAUGAAAUAUUACAAGACACUUACCAGGUGUGCAGCAAUGCCAACGUAAGUGCCUUCAGUCAAGUCUUCCUCCCAACCCUCUACAGCAUUGUCUUCAUUGUUGGAUUCAUUGGCAAUGGCCUGGUGUUGUGUGUCCUGCUCAAGUACCACAAAAGGUCAAAUGUGACAGAUGUGUGCCUCUUCAACCUCGCACUUUCAGACCUUCUUUUCCUUAUCUCAUUACCUUUCUGGGCUCAUUAUGCUGCCGUCACUGAGUGGACCUUUGGUGGCUUCAUGUGCCAUGCAGUGACAGCGCUGUACAUGCUGGGCUUCUAUGGAAGUAUCUUCUUCAUGAUCCUCAUGACCUUGGACCGUUACGCUGUCAUUGUCCAUGCCCAUAGUUCUCUCUUCACCAAACACCGGUCUGUCAGAGCUAGCAUAGCUAUGGCUUUGUUUAUGUGGGCACUUAGCUUGGGAGCCUCUCUGCCAACCAUCAUCUUCUCCCAAGUGAAGAAUGAAUCAGAUGGAUGGAUAUGCAAAGAGGAAUAUCCAGAACAGACAAGAUGGAAGUUAUUCUCUUACAUUGAACUGAAUAUCUUUGGUUUAAUCAUUCCACUCUCAGUAAUGGUGUUCUGCUACUCACGUAUCAUCCCCAUCUUAAUGGCCCUGAAGUCUCAGAAGAGACACAAAGCUGUCAGGCUCAUCCUGGUUUUAGUUACUGUUUUCUUUGUCUUCUGGACACCCUACAACAUUGUCAUCUUCCUGAAGUUCCUGCGUCAAUUAGGCUACAUGACCAGCUGUCAGUGGGAACAGGACCUGCACAUGGCUACGCAGUGGGUGGAAACCAUAGCGUUCAGUCACUGCUGCCUCAACCCCAUAAUCUAUGCCUUUGUGGGGCAGAAAUUCAGGACUUUGGUUCGCAACAUACUAAAACAGUGGUUUCCUGUUUGCUUUGGUCGGUGCACAACAGUCUUCAGUGAGUUCUCAGAAAGGAAGAGCUCCAUGUCCUCACACUCCUCUGUGAUUUCCACCACAAAGAUUGUGUAGCCAAAGGUGCAGCAGUUGCAACAUGAGUUAAUCAGACAAUGUCAAAUCUGUAACUCUGAUUGAUUAAAAAAAAGUGCAUUUAAAUUUGUAAGACGUUAACAAUUUCAAACUUUGCUUGGAUUCCCCCUUUUAAAAUAGAAGGCUGUUACUUACAUGUUGUCAUUAUUUUUUUUGUCAGUGCUAUUCAUGGAUAGUUUUUGUGUACUUUAUUUGUUUAGUUUUCCAUUUUAAUUAAAUAGUGCAUGUAUUGCUUGCAAGAAACAAAGGGGGUCAUGAUCCAGCUUCAAAAAUAUAUUCUGCUGAAUCUAAA